UCACCAGACAAACAAUUAUUUAUCGCUUUAUGGAAAAUGGCUACUCCAGAUUCGUAUCGCUCAAUUUGCCAAAGGUUUGGUGUCAGUUUUGCAACAGCGUGGUGGAGUGUGCGAAGGGUUACAUUAGCUCUAGUCGAAAUAGCUCCAAAUUUUAUUAUCUGGCCUGAAAAUGAAAAGCUUGCUGAAAUUUCUACUGAAUUUGAAGCUACAAGCGGCUUUCCCAAUGUUAUCGGUGCAAUUGACGGAACACAUAUAAAUAUACCUGCACCUCGAGAGCAUCCGGAAUGUUAUGUCAACAGAAAAGGACAUCAUUCAAUUCAAUUACAAGCUAUUUGUGAUGCUCGAUGUAAAUUUAUUCAUUGUUAUGCUGGAAAUGUUGGUUCUGUACAUGACGCACGAGUAUUACGUCUGUCAGAAGUGAAUGAUUACCUCAACGAUGAACAUAAAUUCCCGAACGAAUCUCAUUUAGUCGGCGAUGCAGCUUACCCUCUUCACAAACAUUUACUUACACCAUAUCGAGAUAAUGGGCACUUAUCAGCAAGACAAAAAAAUUAUAAUUUUUGUCAUUCAUCUGCACGUAUAGCAAUUGAACGUGCAUUUGGAUUACUUAAAAAAAGAUUUCGCAGUUUACUGACAGUUCUCGACAUGAAUCGAACUGAUUUAAUUCCUGAGUACAUAAUCGCUUUUUGUGUCAUGCAUAAUAUAUGUUUAUUAAAAAACGAUGAAUUACCGGUGGAGGAAGUAAAAGAAACAAAUUGGAAACAUAAAUGA